GUCUUUUCCAAGGAUACAAUUUGAACAAUGUCAGAUCUUUGGCAGGAUUGCAUGGACUUUGCCAUUCUUAUUGCUAGAAAAGCAGGAGAGGUGAUAUGUGAAGCUUUUGAGAAUAACAAAUCCGUAAUGUUGAAAAGUUCUCCUGCAGAUCUGGUUACAGAGACUGAUCGAAAAGUUGAGGAAAUGAUCAUAUCGUCAAUCGAGAAAAAAUUCCCAGACCACAGAUUCAUCGCUGAAGAGUCGGUCACAGCCGGUGCACCACAGAUGCUGACUGAUGGGCCUACCUGGCUAAUUGACCCACUUGAUGGCACCACAAACUUUGUGCACGGCUUUCCACUUGUGGCAGUGUCCAUAGCCUUUGCUGUUAAUAAAGAGAUUGAAUUUGGAAUUGUUUACAGUUGCUUGGAAAACAAAAUGUACACAGCAAGAAAAGGGAAAGGGGCAUUUUGCAAUGGAAAGCAACUCCGCACUUCAGGUCAGGAAGAAACUAUGAAAUCCAUUGUGAUAACUGAAGUUGGGACUGAACGAGAAGCAGAAAUUUUAAAAAUACUUUUCUCGAACAUGGAAAGGCUACUGAACAUUCCAAUUCAUGGAAUUCGAGCUGCAGGGAGUGCUGCCAUUGACAUGUGCUUGGUGGCCACCGGUGGGGCUGACGCCUAUUAUCACAUUGGAAUGCACUGCUGGGAUAUUGCAGCCGCAUCGCUCAUCGUGACAGAGGCCGGAGGAGUUGUGAUGGACACAAAUGGAGGACCAUUUGACUUGAUGUCCAGACGAGUCAUUGCAGCGAGCAGCACUGCCGUCGGUGAAAGAAUAGCAGAAGAGAUCCAGGUGUUUCCAUGUGAAAGGGAUGAUGGGUCCAUCUCUCUGACCGCCAAUGAAUUGCUGAUAUAACGAUAUACCUGUUGGUCAUGGGGAGCGGGCAUGGAUGGGUGCAAAGGGAUAACGUACCAGCACAUCACAGACCACACUCACCCACAUCAGUCCCAGUCUGACCAAAGGUGACAGGGGGACGACACUGGAGAACCCAAAUGAAAAGUCCCAAGCAGAGAGUGGACAGCUCAGGAAUGAAACUUGUGGUCCUCCUUUGCCCUCGGAGAAAACAGCAUUUUGCUUUCCUAUUUAAAAAAUAACCAAACUUUCUAAAUUACAUCUUAGAAAAUUGUUUCUUUGUUAAAAAUAAUUGAUGGAUGAAUGCAUAAAUGAAACACUGUGCACAAAAAUAAAAAUUAGAGAGA